AUGCUUUACUUAAUAUUUUUAUUAUCUCUUGUUAAUGCAUUACCAAUUUUACCAAGAUUGUACCAACCUUCUUCUGGACAAUUUUCCUUGAUUGCCCAUCAUCAGGGUGCUCAAUUCCAGUACCAUUUAGUUAAGUACGAUGAUGACGAUUUAAAAUUGAAUGCUGAUGAAGAAGCCUUCUUUGGUAGAAUUAAGGCUAAUAACGGAUAUGUAUUGAAUAUCCCAGGAGCCACCAAUGGUACCGACGAACAACCUUCUCCAGUCAACGUAUUGGUUGAUGAAUCAAAUAAAUUAACCAUUGCUCCAACCCCAGUCGAAGGACUGACUGGGUUUGGUAUCGAGGAUUCUUUAUUAACUUACCAAAAUGUAUCUACUUUUGUUGCUUGUCCUGAUGAAAACUUCAGAGGCGAAUAUUCUAUUUAUUGGAAUACUGAUUGUCCUAAUCAAGCUCAAGGUUAUUCCAUUGAGUUGUUGGUCCAAUCCGAUGCAACUGUUAAUUAUAACCCUGAUACAAAUCAGUAA